GUAAAUACAAUGUACCAGUAACAGCCGCUCUACACUCCAACCUCAGACAGCAGUGGCAGCACACCCCCAGCUACUGUUGAACUGAUUGCACACAACAUGCUGGACAGAUUUGUGAACGGGCUGGUAGCUAUCAGUCUGGUGAUUUCGUGCUGUCAUGGAGACGAUGAGUGUCAGGAGGUCGUGGUGCCCAUGUGCCGGGGGUUGGUCGGCUACACACACACCCGUCUCCCCAAUAGAUUCGGUCACGUGACCCAGUCCCAGGUAUACAGGGCCAUCGAGCGAUACUGGCCGUUCAUGGACAGCGACUGUCACAAGAACUUCCGGUUAACUGUAUGCGGAACAUUUCUCCCAAAAUGCUCUACAGGAAGUAGCGCCACUGUACUCCCAUGCCGCGAGACUUGUUUCAGUGCCAAACGAGGCUGUAGCCAAAAGUUGAAACAGGGAGGAACAAAAUGGCCGAACAGACAGCUUAAAUGUAAUCGCUUCCGACGAAAGAGGCAGGGCUCUUGCCUUAAAGCAGUGCCUAACCACAUGGCGCCGGCGCCUCUGCGCUACGCCUACUGUGAACAAAAUACGUUCAGUGCAUGCGCUAAUCUCUCUCUUCAGAUUCGAACAUUACCAAACAUGUUUCUUCAGAGUGACGAACGAAUUAUUCAACUGGAAAUGAAUCAGUACGAAGCCUUGUUACAAUCGCGUUGUCAUGACAACUUAGCAUUUCUAUUGUGUGGUGUUUUUGCGCCAUUUUGUCCCAAUGACCAGCAGCCCUUCGUUCUGCCUUGUCGUGAGACUUGUGAAGAAGUUGAAAUGGCAUGUGCAGAGGAGUUCCAAAGGUUGUACCGCGGUCUCCCAUGGCCAGCAAAAUUACAGUGCCAUCGAUAUCCCUCAGGAUCUUCCCAACAAGCGUGUGCGACACCGAAUGACGCUGCGAUUGCAUAAUAUGACUAAGAGUAAUCUGAUUUGAUGUCUUCUGUGGAGACUAUAUAUUCUUACAUGUUCUAAUAAUAUUAUUCUAUGAUUACAUGUAUGAUGUUGUUUGGAUGUAAAAUAAUAAAAAUAAUAAUCUAAUUUAUCGCACUAAGAUGAACUACUAAAAUGUUUUAUCUAAGUCGAAAUAACACAAUUUAUGUGCCUCAAAAAUUGCACACCUGACAUAUAAGAAUUAAAUUAAAAACGCUUACACUCUUA